AUGCCGGGCUUUAUGCGACGCGAUUGGAACUGCAGAACAGGCUUUCACCAUCGCAAAGCUCGCCCAGUCCUGUCAGCUACUGCGAGCCGAGCUAUGCAGGACUUGCAGGAGCCAGUGGACACCGCCAUGCCUGAAAAAAUAUUGAAUUGCUUGGAGACCGGUGAGUGGAUGGAGACUCUGGACAUAGCCAAAGCAGUAGUGGGGCGUGAUGGCACGAAGCGUGAUGUCAACAACUGCUUGUAUGGGUUGGGCAAGCAGGGUCACCUUGAAAUGCGGCCUCUGCCAGGCAACAAGCAUCGCAAGCAAUGGAAACUGGCAGCGUCUGUACCUGUGGCGCAAGCAUCUUCCGCGCAGCUGCGACCAUCGUUUCAAGCUGCCCCUCCAGACAACAUGAUUAGCCGCGAAGGCAUUGCGCAGGCCUUGGAAGAUCCGCCUACCUUCGAUAGCUUGGCAGGCCAGCAGCAACCACGCCGGCUCUCCUCAAGCAGAGAAGAUGCAAUUGCGAAGGUGAAAGAUGACAUCAGGGAGUUGGCCGAUCGUCGGUUUGCAAAUCGAGCAGGGGUCGCCGCACUUGAAUUGAUUGGUUCUACAUCGUAUGGUGUUGAUAUCAAAGGAAGUGACGUCGACUAUGCCCUCAAGAUGGCGGCAUUUCCGAUUUACGAUGUUGCGUGGGAGCGAUUCACGGAGGAUUUGCAGAGACGCUUGGGCGAACAGUACGUUGUCGAAGUCAGAAACAAAAGCGUCGCCAUUCUUGUUGAGGACACAGAGCUGGAGAUCGUGCCUUUCAACGGGCCAUUCGAUCAAGAGAGCGUGCCAUUUGAGAAUUUGUUCGGGACUCCAAAUGAUGGUUCUCUGACACGUGCUGGAGCAGAUGCACAGCUAAAAGAGCUAUUCGAAAAGUACCCGGGAGCCAGGAACACGGUUCGCGUUGCGAAGGCAUUUUUUUGUCCUUUGGCCAAGAAGCUUGACGAACAUGUGCCCUGGGGCUACUUGUUGACUGCGAUGGUUUACAGGUAUGCAAAGCAGGCAGUGGCAAAAGAUAAAAAUCACUUCGAGCAAGACUUUUCCGGCGUGGACCUGUUCGGGGCGCUUCUUGGAGAUGUGGGCAGCUGGCCUGUGAAAACAAGAGGAGGCUCCUUGAACUUGGCCAAGAGGUGGGCCCUGAACCGCGGCUGGAAUCUAGACCCAGUUUUUCAGGCAUGGAGUGAUGAGGCGAACCGGAUCACGGAUAUUCACCGACACAUGCAG